AUGACCUCCCCAAUUCACAUCAAGCAGCAGCAAACCCGUACAGAAACAUGCAAGUUGAACAUCAUUAUUGUUGGCGCGGGCCUUGCAGGCCUCGGUUCUGCUAUUAGCUGCGCUCUGGCUGGCCACGACGUGCAGGUCCUGGAGGCGACGCAUGAGAUCCGCGAAGUCGGCGCGGGAAUCCAGGUUUUGCCGAAUAGUUCGCGCGUUCUGCAGCAUUGGGGGUUGGGAGAGGCGCUUCGGCCGUACAUGACUUAUCCUCGCGUUUGCAAUUUCCUGGGGUGGAAGGGGAAUGGCAUUUCUUCCAUGGAUUUUCAUGAGUCAGAGAAGAACUAUCCGGGUACUUGGUAUCGGGAUUUUCACCGUGCGGAUCUGCAGCUGUGUCUGGUUAGAAGGGCUGUUGAGCUGGGGGUUGUGGUGACUUGUGAUGCUCGUGUGGUGGAUGUUUCUGUUGGGGAGGAUGGGGGGACUGCGACUGCUACGGUGGCGGAUGGAAGACAGUGGAUUGGCGAUUUGGUCAUUGGGGCGGAUGGGAUCUUUGGGAAGUUGACGGAAGGUCUGUUGGGGCGUGUUGAUCCGCCAGUGAAGACGGGUGAUUUGGCAUAUCGUCUUUUGUUGUCUACGGAGGAGAUGCUCAAAGAUCCUGAUCUGGCGGAACUGGUUACGGAUCCUCAGGUGAACUAUUGGCUUGGUCCGGAUGCGCAUGCUGUCAACUAUGUUCUUCGAGGCGGAGAGCUAUUCAAUAUGGUCCUCCUUGUGCCCGAUGACAUUCCAGAGGAAUCUCUCGCUUCUACCAUUGAGGGUAACGUGGAGGAGAUGUGUGCACUGUUCAAAGAUUGGGAUCCAAGGAUCCCCAAGCUCCUGCAGCUAUGCCAAUCGGUCCAAAAAUGGCGGCUUUGCAUCCGAUUCGGAGAUUUCGACUGGACUCAUCCAUCCGGUGCGUUCGUCAUGCUGGGCGAUGCAGUCCACGCAACAUUACCAUACUUAGCAUCCGGUGCUGGCAUGUCCUUCGAAGAUGGAGCAGUUCUAGGAGAAUGUCUCUCCCGCCUCCCAAACAACCCCAAUACCUCCAAGACCUCGGCCGAAUUCCUACAAGCGAAAAAGCACGCCCUUGCCGUCUUCCAGAACUGUCGCAAACAGCGCACGAAAAUGGUCGUGGAGCGUGGCAAUGUCCAGCAAUAUCUGUAUCACUUGCAUGAUGGCCCUGAGCAGCAGGAGCGAGAUCGCAAGAUGCAAAUGGUGCCUACGCCGGAAGGUGAAGCAUUAGCUUGGCGAGACCCCGGUUUGGCGCCGAAGUUGUUGGGUUAUGACCACAUUUCCGAUAUCCUAGUCACUACUUACUAG